GGGUGUUGCCUGUGUGUGUAUCUCGAAGAGUUCUGUCAAUGCCUCAAUGGCUUCGCGUGACGAAGACGAGUCUGCGAUUCGGCCAGUUCUGUUGUGUUGGUGACUGAACCUAACCGCCCCGUUCAGCCCAUGGUAUCACGAUUUUGCCAAGUGAUUCGAAUGUUUUUGUUUAGGUUGUUUUAGUGUUUUAAUUUAUAACUCUACCGUGGGGCAGAACGGGGCCCUUCUCUUAACUGCUGCGUGUAUACUGCCAAAAAAUAUUGAAAAAGAAGACCAGAGGGAAGAAAAGAAAUCUUCAGUGCUGAACGGUAUUUCACUUCGUGCCUGUAUGUGACGGCUCCAGUAUUUUCAGUUUGGAUGUGUUAGUUUCAUUUCAAUCCAACACUUCUAGUGUGUUUGCGAUGGACAUUUCACAGGACUGUUCCUAGGAUGAUGAGCUGAUUAAGACUUUUGCUUCUUUUUACUCUACUGCCCAGCUGAUCAGUCUACCAAUUUACAUCAGAUUUCUUGUGCACGAAAGAGAAGAAGGAAGGAAGAAAAACAAGGAUGUGUCCAGUUAUGACAGCCGCCAAGGAUUAGUGUUGACGAUCCCAGUGUGUGUGUGUGCGUGUGUGUGUUGUUUAUUUUUGUGAAAAUUAAUUUGGCGAUAAAAGACGCUCUUCAACUGAGGAAGAAACAAGAAAACGGACUAGCGAAAGAGUUUCUGCUUGGCUAAUGGCUGCGGCGGCGUCGUCGGUGAUGGCGGCCGACCUGUCGCCGGUCGAGCGACGCCUCAAACAGCUGGAACGGCUGCUAUUGACCAGCGGAGAGGAUGGAGCCGUCAGCGCUAGCACGUCAUCGUCAACAUCCACGUCGACGAUUACCAUCAGCGUCGAGACGCUGCUCGACGCUCUCCUCGUGCUCUAUGACGAAUGUUUCACCUCGGCCCUCCGCAGGGAGAAAACCGUUUCGGACUUUCUCGAAUUGAUGAAACCGAGCGUGAGUCAGAUCAAGAGCCUUCGACUGACACGCGAUGACUUUGAGCUCAUCAAAGUGAUUGGCCGGGGAGCGUUUGGUGAGGUGUGCGUCGUCAAGUUGCGGCACACGGAGCGCGUCUACGCCAUGAAGAUCCUCAACAAGUGGGUGAUGUUGAAACGGGCCGAAGCCGCCUGUUUCCACGAAGAGCGCGAUGUCCUUGUCCGCGGGGAUCGACGGUGGAUCACUGACCUUCACUACGCCUUCCAGGACGAAAACAAUCUGUACCUGGUGAUGGAUUAUUACUGCGGUGGUGACUUGUUGACGCUCCUGUCCAAAUUCGAGGAUCGUUUGCCCGAGGACAUGGCCAAAUUCUACCUGGCCGAAAUGGUGCUGGCCAUCGACUCGAUCCACCGGCUGCGCUACGUUCACCGUGACAUCAAACCGGACAAUGUCCUACUCGACGCCAACGGACACAUCCGCUUGGCCGAUUUCGGCUCCUGCCUCAGACUGCGCGAAGAUGGCACCGUUCAGAGCAACGUCGCAAUUGGCACACCUGAUUACAUUUCGCCUGAAAUCUUACGGGCGAUGGAGGACGGCCAAGGACGCUACGGUCCGGAAUGUGACUGGUGGUCGCUGGGCGUGUGCAUGUAUGAGAUGCUGUACGGAGAGACGCCCUUCUACGCUGAAUCGCUGGUGGAAACCUACGGCCGCAUCAUGAAUCACAAGAGUUGCUUUGAUUUUCCAACGGAUUCCGGUCUGGAAGUGUCGGAAGAUGGCAAGGAUUUGAUGAGGAGACUCAUCUGCAGUGCCGAAUAUCGUCUUGGCCAAAAUGGCCUCAGUGAUUUCCAGAAUCAUCCUUGGUUUUCCGGCAUCGAUUGGGACAAUAUCCGUGAUAGCACGGCUCCUUAUAUACCGGAAGUGAGCAGUCCUACUGACACGUCCAAUUUCGAUGUCGACGACACGGAUCUUCGUAGCGCCGACGUCCUUCCGCCGACGGCCAAUUCUGUUUUCAGCGCCCUCCACCUUCCAUUUCUCGGUUUUACCUACACGCAGGGCAGUCUACUGACGGACAUGAACCGGUUGCUUAUCCACUCAAACGGAACUGGUGACGGAUACACCUCCGCCACUGCAGCCACUCUGACUCACGUGACUGCCGCUGCCCUUCCAGCGCUAAACGGCUCCUCGGGCGGCGAGAGCUCCGGCUCUGGCUGUAAUCCGCCCGGCAAUAACAACGAUGUCCGACGAUUACAAGACGAAGUCAAUCAGCUGACGAAGCGUAACGGAGAGCUGAUGCAGCAGUUGGCCAGAGCGGAACAAAACGGCAAGGAGAUGUCGGCCCUAAUGAAAAAGGAUUUCGAACUAAGCGAAGGCGAGAAAAGCCAAAAGAUUAAAGACAUGGAAAAGAGUCAACGUCAAUGGAAACAAGAAAAAGAUGAACUCAUUCGGGAGAUGACCGACACGCAAGAAAAAUUGCGACUGCAAUCCAAAGAGUUGAAAGACGCCAUUGGACAACGCAAACUGGCCAUGACGGAAUACACGGAAGUCUCGGACAAGUUGUCUGAAUUGCGGCAACAGAAAGCCAAACUGUCGCGUCAGGUACGCGAUAAAGAAGAAGAGCUGGAAGGCACUCUUCAAAAGAUGGACGCACUCAGGAAUGAUUUGCGACGGGCCGAGAAAUUGCGUCGCGAUCUCGAAGCGCGGGCCGAAGAGCUCCAGGCGGACGUGGUCCGCGAAAAGAGGCUGCGCGAACGGGCCGAAGAGCACGCUCGAUCCCUUCACGAAGAUAUGGAGCGAUUGCAACAGAAGGCCCAGGCUGGCGAGGCGGCCAUGAACUCGAUGGAACUCAAUCAGGAACUUGUCCGGCUGCGAUCUGAGCUUGAAAAGCAGGAAAUGCAGCACAAGGAGAUGGUCAGCCAGCUGGGCAACCGGCACGCCAUCGAACUGAGCGCGUUGAACGAUCAGCUGCUCGAAGCGGACAAUAUGCGGGCCACUUAUGAGAAAGAAUCGGCCCUGUUGAAAGAGAAAGUGGAGCAAUCGAGGCAGGAAAGCGCCGUUGAAAACGAAGAAGUCAUCGUCGAAGUGCGUCGGGCUCACGAACGGGAGAAGCAACUGCUUCUCGAAGACACGAAGCGCGUCGUUGCUGAACUGGAACGCUUUUCCGACUCGUGUAUGCGGUUGCAGAGUGAGAAACGAGCCAUGGAAGAAGAACUGUCGGAGCUCCGCAAUAAGCAGGCGGCCGUCGCGCAGUGGGAGGCUCAAAUAUCCGAGAUUAUCCAAUGGGUCAGCGACGAAAAGGAUGCCCGUGGCUAUUUGCAGGCGCUGACCAGCAAGAUGACGGAAGAGAUGGAAAAUUUGAAGACGCAGGGAGUCGGCGGAACGCCGAGCAACGAAAAGAACUGGAAGAACCGGCGUUCUCAGAAACUGGACAAAAUGGAAAUAUUGAAUUUACAGAGUAGCCUCCAAUCGGAAAUCCAGGCCAAGGAGUCGAUCCGAGAAGAAUUGACGCAAAUCCGAGCCGAUUUUAUAGCAAUGCAAAAGGAACUGUGGGAAGUGAAGGGACAGCGGGAAGAGCUGGCUCGUGAUUUAGUGCGCAAGGAUUCCCAGUUGAAAGAGAUGCAACAACGACUCGAAUCCGGAGACGGAUUUUUGGACAGACCCAUAUCGCAGAUGUCAUUCCUGGAGCAGUUUCUCAAAGAGUCGUCGAUCAGGGGUCGGGCAGCGUCAGCUGACAGCGAGGAAGGCGACAUCGAGGACAACCGAGCGCCAUCGGUGCUCAGCAGCAGCAACAAAUCGGCUUCCGAUCUCAGUAGUCCCGUGCAGAGUGGGCCCUCUCACCACAUCAGUCCACUACAUCCAGGACAGCAAAGCCAGACGGAAGGUGGCAACGGUGGUUCACCUUUUGGUCAUCGCAGCAUCGACCGCAGCAGUGGCCACAUGAUGCAGGGUCCUGGAAUGGUGGACAUGUCCCAGAGCCAGCACACGAUGCAGAUGCAAAUGCAAUUGCAACAGAACCUGAACUUCUCCCACCCGUCGCCAUCCAACAGCAGCGCUGGUUCGAUGCCUCUGCAUUCGUCACCGUUGACAAGCACGUUGUCGUUGCGUUCGAAAUCGCAUCAGUUCCUCGUCCGUUCCUUCCCGUCGCCGCUCAAGUGUAACCACUGCACGUCGCUCAUGGUCGGCCUGAGCCGCCAGGGCGUCGUCUGCGAAGUCUGCGGUUUCGCGUGCCACGUGGCCUGCAAAGACAAGGUCCCUCCGCUCUGCCCACUUCCUACGGAUCAGACGAAACGACCGCUGGGCAUCGAUCCUACCCGCGGCAUUGGAACGGCCUACGAGGGCUACGUCAAAGUGCCCAAGCCCGGCGGCGUCAAGAAAGGCUGGCUCCGUCAGUUUGUCGUCGUUUGCGACUUUAAACUCUUCCUGUACGACAUCUCUGCCGAACGCAACGCCCAACCGUCCGUGUCCGUCUCGCAGGUGCUGGACAUGCGAGACGAGCAGUUUGAGGUCAGCUCUGUCCGCGACUCAGACGUUAUACACGCCAACAAGAAGGACAUCCCUUGCAUUUUCAGGGUGAGCACUUCGAUGAUGGAUCCGCCCGGCUUACGCAACCAUUUGCUGAUGUUGGCCGACACGGAAAGUGAAAAGACGAAAUGGGUCGUGGCGCUCAACGAAUUGCAUCGCAUCCUGAAACGCAACAAAUUGCCCAAUCGAGCCGUUUUCAAGCCCAAAGAAGUGAUGGAUAAUUCCAUCACGUUGAUCAAAACGGCCGGUAGUGGCGCCGUCAUCGACACGGACCGACUAGCCAUCGGCACCGAAGAAGGACUCCUUUGCAUCGAUCUCGACCGUGAAGAAAUCGCCCGAGUUGGUGAGAGCAAACGCAUCUACCAAAUCGAUUACCUGCCCGAGGAACAACUGCUGGUCGUCAUAUGCGGCAAACAGCACCACGUACGGCUCGUUCCAGUGCGUGCCCUCGACGGUGACGAUGUCGAAUGGAUUAAGGUGGCCGAUACGAAGGCCUGCAUCAGUUUCACCACUGGCAUUCUUCGUCAAGGACACGGCACUCAGGCUGCCGUCUAUUGCCUCUGCGUCGCCGUCAAACGUCAGGUGCUGCUGUUUGAAAUCACCCGGACCAAGGCACGUCACAAGAGACUAAGGGAUAUCCUAUUACCAGCGCCAGCCCAGUGCCUCAACGUGAUAUCAGACGGGCGCCUCGUCGUGGGCUACCCUUCGGGCUUCGCUGUUUACAGUCUGAUGGGCGACCAGCAUCCGAUGUCGCUUGUCCAAGCUGAACAUCCCAGUAUUUCGUUCAUUACCCACCAUCCGCUGGACGCUCUACGGGCCGUCGAAAUCAACAGCCAAGAAUUCCUGUUGGUCUUUUCCACGCUGGCCAUCUACGUUGACUACCAAGGGCGGAAGUCUCGAGAGAAAGAGAUCAUGUAUCCAGCGCCUCCUUUGGCCAUUGUCAGCUACGAUGGCCAUUUGCUAAUCUACUCUGAGACUCACGUCGACGUGAUCGACUGUUUCACCGGUGACUGGGUCCAGACGCUUAAUUUGAAACGUUGCCUCCCCCUCAAUCAUAAUGGUCUCCUAUCGGCGUCCUUUGCCUCCGAACAGCCUUACGUUGUCUACUUGCGAAACAUCAACAAAGUUUGCGACGCCGUUAACGUCCCAGAAAGCGAAGUGACUUUAGGGGGACAGAAUCGAGCAGGAAGCAAUCAACCACGAACACGAAGGCGAUUCUCUGUUCGCGAAAACAAUCGAACAUCGAAACCAGCGAACAACGACCGCCGUUCAAAGAUGAUCUCGGCACCGUCCAAUUUCAAUCACAUCAGUCAUAUGGGCCCCGGUGAUGGAAUCCAGAUGCAAAGACUUCUGGAUCUGCCGCAGCUGGACAAGGCAGAACAAUUUAUUCCACACCAGGCUGCCCAGCAUCUGCCCGGUGCCAUUCCUCUUACAGGCAUGUCGACCAGUUCGAGUAGUACCAGUAUUACCGGAUCGCCGUCACAUAUGAUGACGCUGCAGCAACAACAGCAGCAACAACAGCAACAGCAAGGCAUUCAGAGGGUGCGAAGCAUGUUCCAGCAGUCCGGAAGCAAAUUAACUGCUCCUCGUGUCCCGCCCCAGCCGACUGAUCCUUCGCCUCCCCGUCGAUCCAUAUCACAGUCAGGAAAUUCGUCUUCCGUUCACAAUGCAGGUGUACCAUUACCAGGUCUGCCUCCACGACGGCCAGCUCCUCAGGCACCGUCUCACCAGCGUCCAUCUCUGCACAUUUCUGGUCCGAUUCUAACUUCUUCCACAUUAGCCAGGACACCCGAAGGGACUCAGAUAACGCCAAUGACGCCGAGCAGCGGUCUUUCGGGCCAGCACCUACCUUUUAGCUUCUCGACUCCGCACGAUAUGGGCACCAAUGGCAGUCCGCGUCAUUCAAUCGCCUCUAAUAGCAGCGGGCUGAGUAAUCCCCCCAGCCCAGGUGUAACGAGUCAUUUACGUGACAGCCGGGACAGUUACGAAUCGUGAACGUUGUCUACACUUCUUCAUAGAGGGAAUCAUUUCUUCGUUUCCACAUCGAAAAAUACUAAACGAAAGCGGCGUACUUAUUUAUUUGUCAUAAGGACUCUUUAAAACACAAUAAAACAAAACAAAAACAAAAAAAAACAAAAAAAAAAGAGGAACAAAAUGCAACAAAAGCAAAAUUGAAAACAACAAACAAGCCAAGCAAAAAGCGUGACGAUGAUGUUGUGAUUGUGUUAUGCAUUGGCGCGAUAUGAAAAGGACGUACUUGUCACUAUAUUAAGAUUCCUUUGUUGGUUUUCGCGUUUUGGGUAAUUAUUAUUUGAAACAAGAGCGGAUCAUGUAGACCUCUCCUCGGCGUAGUGAUUCGUCGAAACUUACAAGUAUCAACCGCAACGUCACCGACUUCAACAUCUCCCAAUUUUUCUCAAUUCGUCGUCUGUCUUGUGGUGCUUUCAUAGACUUAUUCCUUUCUACUAUUUUCUCAAGCGAAUCAAUCAAUUAUUUGGCCCCACGUACUUAAUGCAGUCUUGACUCUCAUUAUUCUUCCUUCAAAAAAAAAAAAAUGGCAUUUAAAUAUUGCAUUCAUUUUUUUAUCAAAUUGCUGGCCAUUCAUUUGUAGGAUGGAAAAAAAAUGCUUGUACACUUUCGAUGAGAGCUGGCCAUUGCAUAACUUGGGUUUAUCUGCACCGCCAUUUCUUUAUUUGAAUUUUUGUGUUGUAAUUCAUUUUUCUUUCCUCCCUUAUCCACGUCCAGGGUCUGUUGUACAGCCUUGUAAUAUCCCCUUCUUACCAUUAUUUUUGUUUUGUUACCUUUCUUAUUAUUUUGUGUACGUAGAGCGGCCGGUGACUACCCUCGUCUACUUAUUAACUGGUCACCGGCCAUUGGCGAGCGAAAGAGUGUCCCUUUGUUACGAACACCUCCAUCUUUUACCCGCAGGUUCUCUCACUAAUUUAUCGUUUCUUAAUCUUGUCGACACCGUUGGAUAGUGACUUGUUUCCUUUGUUCACGCUAACCGUUCCGUCGUGGACUUCGUUUACUGAAAUCUUUCUUUUUUCAUCCGGAUAAUUCGCUUGACACUUCAGAAGAAAAAAAAAAAAACGCUGCCGCUCUAAUAAAUCCCAGACCUACAUACUGUGAAUGUUUACGUGCUCCCUAACUAGGUCUUCUUUCAUAGGAAAUAUACAAUUUAUCAAA